AUGAAGCUUGACGUGAACGCCCUUCGCUACCUCUCCAAGGACGACUUCCGCGUCCUCACCGCCGUCGAGAUGGGCAUGCGCAACCACGAGAUUGUUCCAGCAGAACUUGUCGACAGGAUCGCCCGACUGAAGCAUGGAGGUACAUACAAAGUGCUGAGGAAUCUUUUGAAGAACAAGUUAGUGCAUCAUGAUGCCACUAAAUACGACGGAUAUCGGCUCACCUAUCUAGGAUAUGACUUCCUUGCCAUCAAGACUUUAGUUAAUCGAGGAGUUUUUGCUUCAGUUGGCCGUCAGAUCGGUGUUGGAAAGGAGUCUGAUAUAUUUGAGGUUGCCACAGAGGAUGGCACAGUACUCGCCAUGAAGCUUCAUAGGUUGGGCAGGACAUCUUUUAGGGCUGUGAAAUCUAAACGUGACUAUCUAAGGCACCGAAGGAGCUUUAACUGGCUAUACCUCUCACGACUUGCAGCCUUGAAGGAAUUUGCCUUUAUGAAGGCUUUAGGGGACCAUGGUUUCCCUGUUCCAACUGCUGUGGAUUGCAAUCGGCACUGUGUGAUCAUGUCACUUGUGCAGGGAUAUCCUCUUGUUCAAGUGAAAGAGUUACAAAAUCCAGAUGAUGUUUUUGACACAAUUCUUGGUCUUAUAGUUCGUUUGGCAGAGCAUGGACUGAUACAUUGUGACUUUAAUGAGUUCAAUAUCAUGAUUGAUGAUGAUGAGAAAAUUACGGUUAUUGACUUUCCACAGAUGGUGUCUGUUUCUCAUCGCAAUGCUCAAAUGUUUUUUGACCGAGACAUUGAGUGUAUCUACAAGUUCUUUAACAAAAGGUUCAAUCUGACGUCAGAGAAAAAUGAAGAACAACCUGGAUCUGAAAGUGAUGAUGAAGGGAAUAGCAGGCCUUCCUUUUUGUCUGUGAAAAAGACUGCUGGUUCCUUGGACAAGGAACUAGCUGCCAGUGGAUUUACCAGGAAAGAGCAAGUGGAGAUGGAGAAGUACAUUGAGGAAGAUGCUGAAGGACAUGAUUCCAGCUCAGAUGAUGAGGAUGACGACGACGAUGACGAGGUCGGUGAUGCUGUGCCUUUGGUUUCCUUGAAGAUAGACCAGCAGGACGGUUCUGAUGAGCCUGAUUGUAAUCUUGCCUCAAGGGAUUCAGAUGUGCCUGGAACUUUUUCUGAAGAGAAUGGAACAAGGUGUAGCGGUGAGAACAGAUUGGAAAGUCCUCCCUCAGGUGGCAAUGGAGAGGCUAUGAAACUGCUUCAAUCUGGGUCCCAGGAAGAUGACGAUAAUGAUGAUGACUCGUCAGAGGAUGCUGAUGAAGAAGAAGAUGCUGAGCUCACGAAACAAUUGAACAAGCAAAGGAAAAAGGCAAUAGCAGCUGCCCAUGGGGGGCGGAGAAGGCCAGUGUCAUCCAGGAACGCCUACAAGGACAAGGGUAAGGGCACCAUGAACUCCAAGAUCCAGAGGCAGGCGUGCAAGUGGUGA